UGUGUUUUUUCUCAAACACAUGUGCCGACGGAUCUUGCAGAACGCUGUCAUUGGUUCCGCAUACUGCCAUUGUUUCCUCCGGAAGAAUAUCGGGCGGACAAUAACAGGAGAGCAGAAACGUAAAAAACAACAUGCUCGCAGCCAAGCUGACCAGCCAGUUACCUCUGGAUGCCCUGAGGAGGAUUCAUCAUGGAACUUCUUACCACUGUCUCUACACCCUGUCGAACGUCUUCCUUCACACGGAGGGAGGGAGGACGAGAGAUGCAAGUCUCCUCUCUGAUUCCAGUGCACUGAGAAGAGGGUUUUACAGCCAGAGUGCUUUCCGUCCAACAUUUAGACUACGAGACACACAGCAAUAUGGGAGAAGAUCCAUCAGUCUAUCCGCUGCUACAAUAGUGAACUCAGCACCAAGGCCAAUCCAGCCAUACCUCAGAUUGAUGAGGCUGGACAAACCUAUUGGAACAUGGCUGCUCUACCUCCCAUGUGCAUGGAGCAUUGCAUUGGCUGCAGACCCUGGACACCUCCCACAUUUGGGCAUACUCACCCUGUUUGGUACGGGUGCGCUGCUGAUGAGAGGAGCGGGCUGCACUAUUAAUGACAUGUGGGAUAAAGACUUUGACAAAAAGGUGUCCAGGACGGCCACUCGACCCAUUGCAUCAGGAGAGAUUUCUCAGAGGCAGGCCCUCGUCUUCUUAGGAGGACAGCUUUCUCUGGCACUUUGUGUUCUCUUGUGUCUCAACUAUUACAGCAUAGCCUUGGGUGCUGCCUCGUUGUCUCUAGUCAUCUCCUAUCCACUGAUGAAGAGGAUCACUUACUGGCCGCAGUUUGUGUUAGGCCUCACUUUCAACUGGGGGGCGCUGCUCGGCUGGUCGGCCGUCAAGGGCUUCUGUGAUUGGUCUGUGUGCCUCCCGCUGUAUUUCUCAGGAGUGAUGUGGACGCUGAUAUAUGACACAAUAUAUGCACAUCAGGAUAAGGAUGACGACGUCAAGAUCGGAGUGAAGUCUACUGCGCUGAGAUUCCAGGAGCAGACCAAACCUUGGCUGAGUGGCUUCACGGUGGCCAUGUUGUCAGGCCUGGUGGUAGCCGGAGUCAAUGCUGAACAGACCCUCCCUUACUAUGCUGUUCUGUCCACAGUGGCUGUUCACCUCACGCAUCAGAUUUACACAUUGGACAUUCACAAACCAGAGGACUGCUGGAAGAAAUUUGUGUCAAACCGAAACCUUGGAUUGUUGCUGUUUUUAGGCAUUGUCGCUGGAAAUCUGUGGAAAGAAAGAAGAGAGACUUUGCUACAAAAUGAGGAGGAAGUCAGAUAAGUGACACAAGCAGAACAAUUAUUCAUUGUAUUACAUUUUCAGUACUUCACAAUGCUUCACAUUAUACUUCUGGGAACAAAGCUCUGUGAGAGAAACAUGAUGAACUGAUUUUAACCCUGACUGUAAUAUUAUUGGUUACUUUUCUUUGACUUUUGAUUGAUAAAACAAUUGUACAGAGAAAAGGGAAGAGAGAGUAUGUCAGACGAGCAAAUGGGUGGAGUUACAUUCAUAUCCCUGCUGCUGAGGGAAACACCUCUUGGUACAUACAAAAUAUAAUUUGUGCUGCUGAUUGAAACUCUAGUGGCUGCACACAUUCACGCAAAAAUCAGCUAAAUGGAGUGACGAUAAACCAGGCAAAUCCUU